CAACAACGCAAGAAUGUUGUGUACGGCGCUAGGAAUUGUGCUCGGCGUGAUGGUCUCACUGUAUGCCUUAUUUGAGCUGCACUACUUUCUGCGGAUGUGCCUUUGCGUGGUGUCGGCGCGCUAUCUCAAGAAGCGGAUGCACAUACUGGACACAGGAACUGUUGUGGGACUUUGUCUAACGAAUGACAUCGACACACUGCUGUACCACAUGAACAAUGCGCGUUAUCUGCGUGAAAUAGACUUUGCACGUGUAGAUUUCUACGAACGGACAUCCCUCUACCGGACGAUUCGCAGUAAAGGUGGUUCCGUAGUGCAGGGUGCCACCACCAUACGCUACCGACGCUUUAUUCGUCCCUUUACCCGCUUCACGAUCAGCUCACGGAUCGUCUACUGGGACAAUCAAUCCAUCUUUAUGGAGCAUCGGUUUCUCGGCGGUACGGACGGAUUCAUCCACUGCAUUGCCCUCUGUCGGCAGCGUGUCAUGCAAUGUUCGGUAGAGGACGUUAUGGCAACGCUGCUCAAGAGUGGCAUCAAUUUGCAGAGCGCCACGAAGAAAUUACCGACUACCACCACCAGCUCGACGGAGUAUCUGGAAAAGGUGGAAACGGGUACGAGCGGUAUUGAUACGGCAAGCCUUUCCAAGCCUGAUUUACCACCCGAGGUGGCCAAGUGGCUCGAAUGGAAUGAUAUUUCCAGCGCUAGCUUACGUAGCGAAUGUUGA